GGACACACGUGUGUGCGCUGUUUUACCUAAAAAUUGCGAGCGACUCCAAACACAGGAAAUACUUCGAGUGACAACGCAUUCAAAAAAAUUUAAAUUUCAAGGUGCAAAACAGCGGUAAAAAGAAGCGUGAUUUGAUAUUGAGAAUACUGAUCGCUGAUUGGGUUCUCUGCUCAAGUCGCACAAGAGGAUUAAUGCGGUUGUGAAGAUCGGUACAAUUGAUUCAGAGCAUUUGAAUUUCUAGCACCGAGAGUUCGAUCAGUGUCCCUCUGAAUUAAUUCAUCAGGUCGCUCUUCUUUUUGUGUUUGUCCAGGAUCGAUCGACUGAACGAGAAGCCACUUAUGCACCGCUUGCAAAGCCGGAAACUAAACCAAAGCUACUGGGCGCAGUUGGUUAGUCGGACGAGAACAGCCAUCGUGAGAGGAUUCAAUUCGCGAAAUCGUCCGUGGAACGAGCAGAAGAGUAGAAAAGGGUUUUUCAGCUGACCGUGGUAUUCUUGCGAGUUCUGUUGUUAUGGUAGACAAAUCGGCACCAACGGAGGAGAUUUGCAGCGGUGAUUGUGGAAGUGAUCCGAUGAUGUACGCAUACUGGAUUGCGCGCUGGGCUGGGAUGCUUGACGCGGAAAACCACAGCACACAAUAUGUGCUGGAGAAUCUACAACAUAAUGGCUAUCUCUUCGAGUGGGAUAUUUUGCUAUGUAAUAUCUCCCGUCUGCUGACUGCUCUCGCACUCUUAUGGAUCUGCUGGAAGUUCUAUUACAGCCCGGUGGUUUGGAAAAGGGAUCUUACCGACAUUGGCUACAAUCAUGUGCUGGACAACGAGCGGAUCGGAAGGAGCGAUAAAAAACGCGUGCACACGAUCAAUCGACUGCGACGGUUGCGUAAGGUCGGCCAACGGAUACCGCCUCCCUUCCCAAACGGCUGGUUUGGCAUACUCGAAUCGGAAACCCUGCACAACGGACAAGCCAAGAGCGUGGAUUGUUUAGGUCAAAAUUUUGUCGUCUUCCGCUCCCAAUCGGGGGAGGUAAACGUCCUCGAUGCAUACUGUCCACAUCUGGGUGCGAACCUGGGCGUUGGAGGUAUCGUACGGGACGAUUGCAUCGAAUGUCCGUUCCAUCAUUGGGCCUUCAGUGGAAAGGAUGGUCAAUGCGUUAAUAUUCCCUACAGUAAAACCGGAUCCGUUCCGAAGGUGGCGAAGGUUAAGAAAUGGAAAUCACUCGAGGCCAACGGGUUCAUCUUCGUGUGGCAUCACGUGGAUGAAGAUGUCGAGCCGUGGGAUUUAAGCGUUUUGCCGGAGAUUGAGGAUGGUCGGUGGGUUUACUAUGGGAAGAACGAGUUCCUGGUGAAUGCCCACAUACAAGAUAUUCCGGAGAAUGGUGCCGAUGUGGCCCACCUGUCAGCGGUUCACGGACCAAAUAUGCUAUCGGGAAGUGACAUUCGAUUCACAAGGCCAAGCUGGGCUGAGUUUGGAAUGCACGCGUGGCAAGCGAGUUGGAAUGCUCCCGAGGGAACCGAACCGCCGCACAUAGCCCGAAUGGAUCUGAAACACUCGUUUAGGUUUCUGGGAAAAUUGGAAUUUUGCACCGUUGAUGUGAAAGCAUUCCAAAUCGGGCCAGGCUACGUUCAGCUGCUGAUGCAAACAGCUCUCGGUCCGAUGGUUGCCCUACAGACUGUCACGCCCGUGGAACCGUUGGUUCAGAAGGUCCUUCAUCGAUUUUACGCCCCGCGCAAUUUGGGGAAUGCUUUCUUCCAGAAAUUUGCCAUCUGGGCGGAGAGUGUUAUGUUUGAACGUGACAUGAUGAUAUGGAACCAUAAGCAGUUUAUCGAAAGUCCACUGUUGGUCAAGGAAGAUCGUUUGAUCAAAGCGUACCGCAAGUGGUACAGUCAAUUUUACUCGGAAAAUAGCACCAGCUAUACCAUGGCGAAGGAGAGUCUCGACUGGUGAUAUGGAGAAUGUAUAAACCUCUAGUUAUUAGGAUAGAUAAAUUUAAGCAAAAGAGUAAUUUUCACCCUAGAUUAAGAUUUUAGAAGAGGCUAUCUGUGAUUGAUGAAUUGUAAC